AAAUUACGUAUUGAGGGGGUUCUGCAUUCGAUAUUUGUUCGCGGCAUUACCUUUCGACUCUAGUGCUCUUUUAUUUAAAAAAUUAGGAAUUAUAUUGAAGAAGAAAAUUAGUGUUCGGAGAAAUUUUGCAUUACAUUAAAUCCAUUAACUUUUGGGCAAAAUGGUUCUACUCUAACCUGACAAUUUUGGUGGUAAUAAUUGUUUUCGUGGGGCAUUUGUGUAUCUAGAUAUUCAUAGUGACGAUUUUUGCUCAAUAAUUUCGAACAAAGUCCAUUGUUUAUAAAAAAAAGUGUUAGUGACAACAAAGUGAUAUCGACGGAAUAAUUUUUACGUGAAAAUAUAUUUUUUUCCUCAUCCCUGUGCUUCUUCUAUGGAUAUUGAAGGGUCGCCUCCCAAUGGCUAAUCUGGCUCCAGUGAAGAUGUUCUCCAGCAUCAAAUAUUUUCAAGCAGAAUAUAGACUUCUUCAACAAAGUUAAUUUCUCUCCCAGUACACCCUGGAACACCUGUGGCAAAAUAAGUUGACCUGCCCCGAAAAACAGCAGAUUUCGACAUUGCCAAAUCCAAUCCUUCCACUCUGGAGCGAAAACCAAUUUCAGAGGGAUAAUUGUUACGUGGCCAUCGAUGGUGGAAUCAUUAGGUGCAACUCAACGCCUCUCCCACAUCCAAAUUCCAGUUAAUAAUAAUGGAAAACAAAAAGGUGAAAAAAAACUGUACUGCUCCAGUAAAGUCACUCAACAGCCGGAAACUUUCACGAAAAUUACGAGUAUCAGAAGGUAUGUUCCCAUCGAUUUCCUCUGGAUUCGAUGGCGUGCGGAUAAUGAUCGAUAUCGCAAAGGGGAAAGGUGUACACCGGCACAACGAUUGGCCCAAUUUCGAUUGGCCGAGUCAUCUGUUGCAUGAAAGGAAAGAUCUGCAAUGUAUUUCUGCCCCUCCACAACUACCAAUUCAAUACCAAAAUAAUGAAGGAACGAGUGGAUGUACGUUAUACUUACAAUGGAUAAAUUAAACAGGAUGUGCUGGAGAUUAUGAAAUACUUUCAAUGAGAUUAGAGAGGAGUUGGGGGAGCUAAACCCCGGGGGUGUGCUUCCACCAGACACUGGAGUUGAAAAUUAUAGUCGAAAAAUUAUCGACAAAGGCGCGAUUAAAUGAAGUGAAUGAAAAAUGACAAGUGCAGUCGCGAAUAAUUUUCCAGUUGAAACUAAAAAAUUGUGAUUUUUCAGUUUAGUCCUAAUUUAAUUAUAUUUUUUUUUGUUCGUUUCGGGGCGCGGAGUGCAGUGCUUUUAAUUCGUGUCGGAAAAGUGGGGGGAUAUAAAUCGGGAAUUGAGUUCCGUGAUUGCAAGAAAAAAAAAACAACGGAAUAAGUGCCGGAGGGCAAGGUGGAGGCGUCAGCUAGGCGGUUGACAUGAUUAUUUCAAAGGAUUUGUUCCUCCUCGGCGACCAAGAUUAUCUUCGCCUGCCAAGCAACGAGAAGCGCCAGCAGCGGGCAAUGGGACGUCCGAUCAUCAAUGCCCCCAGAGUGGAAAGCUCAGCCCUGCAGUUAGUAUGCCCGUUGGAUUCUCGUCCAGUGCAGCUGGUCUUCCGGGGAUUGCAGGUGUUCAAGGAGAAGCGCGCCCUCCUUCGCGAUGUUUCCGGGGUGGUAAAACCUGGCGAAUUGUUGGCCGUUAUGGGACCCUCAGGAUGCGGAAAAACGACACUAUUGAAUUGCCUAUCCGGCCGAGUGGGCACGGAUGGCGGAGAAAUCUGGCUAAAUCGCGAAAGACUGACAAAAAGAUCGCGUCGAAGGAUCUGUUAUGUACAACAGCAGGACGUCUUUUUUCCCGAUCUCACACUGCGUCAGACCCUCGAGUACCAGGCACGUCUGAGGCUUCCGGAUACACUUUCGCACGCCCAGAAGAUGCAGUGCGUGGAUCAUAUCAUCGAGGUUCUCGACCUCACCGGCUGUCAGGAUACAAUUAUUGGCGACUACACAAAACGUGGACUCUCUGGAGGUGAGAAGAAGCGAACCAGUAUAGCCUGCGAAUUACUCACGAAUCCAUCUUUAAUGCUUCUCGAUGAACCAACGAGUGGUUUGGACUCGCACUCAGCCCAGGCACUGAUAUCCCGGUUGAAAAAGUACGCUGAACAGGAGGGUAAAAGUAUCGUGGUUACCGUGCACCAGCCGAGUUCCCGCAUGUUUCACAGUUUCAGUAAACUACUAUUACUCAGUCGUGGACAAGUGGCGUAUUACGGCUCCACAGCUAAUAUUGGUAGAUUUUUUGCUACUAUUGGACUGACUUUACUACCACAUUACAAUCCUGCUGACUUCAUUCUGGAACAAAUAAAGGGGCCGGAAGAGGUUCGAGAGCGGAUUGUAGCUGCAGCGCGAACUGCAAGACAGGGACCGGACUGUCCACCGGAACUACGUCCCGAGUAUAAUCCCAGCCAACAUCCGCUCUGUGACCAUCUCAUCCAUUAUCACGAGCAUCACAUUACCCACAACGUGAAAGAGGAUGAAGGUCGUACACUCUGGCUGGACACACAGAGUCACGCAAGCAGCAGCGCAAGCUCGACAGACGACGAUUAUUCCUGGCAGUGGCCCACGAGCUUUUGGUCCCAGUUCAAAGUAUUAUCAGAGAGAAACUUCCAAGAGGCGAAAUCCCGAAUGUUGUCUCGACUGAAUUGGCUCCAGACAAUAGGCCUGGGAAUACUCGCAGGACUCUUGUGGCUGAGAUUACCCAGAACUGAAGCAGCACUCCACGAUAUCCAAGGAUGGAUGUUCUUCAGUACGACUUAUUGGAUGUUAUUCGCGCAUUUCGGUACACUGUCCAGUUUUCCUCCAGAGCGUGAAGUCAUCAACAAGGAGCGGCUGUCAGGCUCGUAUCGUCUGUCUGCCUAUUAUUUAGCCAAAAUGGUGGGUGAACUGCCACUCACGAUAACUCUACCAGCAGUUUAUCACAUCAUCAGUUACCCAAUGCUUGGAUUCCACAAUCCGGCUGUAUUUAUCGCACUUCUCGCAUUUCUUCUACUCAAUACUGUUGUUGCACAAAGUGCUGGAUUCUUCGUUGGUGCAUGCUGUCUGGACCUGCAGGUCAGCAUAACAGCGUCCGCACUUUAUACUUUAGCAACACAACUACUUGGUGGAUAUUUGGCAACGGCUGUACCACCGUGGCUGGCGUGGGCACGAUAUGCCAGCAUGGUACACUAUGCUUACCAAAAUAUGCAGAUACUCGAGUUUGGUGUCGGUGAUCCAAUAACGUGCUCACAACCGAGUAAAUUCCCAGAGUGCAGAAAUGGGACAACGAUACCAGUCUCAGCAAUUCUCGAGAGUCAAGGUGGUCGUGGCUCGGGUCUACCCCUUUGGGCAAACACCGCUGUUCUCCUAGCUUUCCUCGUUGUGUUCAGGACCCUCGGUUAUCUCGUACUACGCUACUACCGGGUUCCCAAGUGAACGACAAAAAAAAAUUAAAUUAAAAAUCGACCACAUAGUAUGAAAAGAAGAAAUGUUUAUAUGUUUUUUUUUUCUACGACUUUUCAUGAAUCUUUUCACUAUCAAUUAAUUACCGAUUAAUUCAUUUAUUACGACUACGGUUUUAAUGCGUUACGAUGGGUGAUAUUGAGUGGAUUAAUCGACAGAAUUUUGUUUUUUUUUAACGCGAGCAUUGGAAAGUCGUCACUGUGGGGAAACACGCACACGUCCAUUCAUCGGAAGUUGGGGAGAGGUGAGAUGAGUUGAAUUAAUUUUUGGAUGGAAUAACUGUUUAUUGGUGUCUUAGGAUCUAAGAGAUUUUUUUGGAGAAAUGCUUGGGUUUUUUAAAUUCAGAUCAAUCUUGAGAUGUUUCCCUCAAUCUUUAAUCAGUGAAAAUUUAGUUGACAAUUUAUGUGAAUUUUCUUCUUAAUAUCCAUCCAGUUGAGAAAAAUUCAAGACAGUUAAUUUUUUACAUGCCCUUCCACUUUCGUCUUGAAACUUCCGAAAUGACAAUUCUUCUCCCGUUCCACAAUCCCAAUUCCCCUUGAAAACAAAAAUAGUGGAUGCAUUCACAAUUUUUCUUAUCGUGAGCAUUGGAAUGUCAUCCCUCUAAUGAAAUACGCGCACAACUCAUCGACGCUUAUCAUUCUCAUCAGUCGUAAUCCACCCUCAAUACUACUCAUCGAUACGAGAAACUAAAUAAAAUAAAUAACGCGAGACUAAGAGACUUGGCGAAUGAAACCUACAUGUAGAUAUUUUGUACGAAAAAACCACAAAAAUUGAAAAAAAAAGGUUUAAUGAUAGUGCGUUCGAAUGAUAAAUCCAUGUGACGAAUAAAAAAAGUUUAAUAUUAGUGUGUGUGAGUGAUAUCCGCGGCAAGAAAGGGUAUAAUAAAAAAUAUAAAUUGAUCACGAUACUGCCGAUAAUGAGAGGAAACCAAUUGACUGAACUUUUUACGGGCGAUGAACAUUUUUACGAGUACGAGAGAAAGCAAAAAAAAAUACUACCGACAUUUGUAUUUAAGAACGUUUGAUUUUUACGUUAAUUAAGCUUUUAGUUAUGCUCCCUUUAACGUUAUUAAUUAUUCGAUCAAUCGUUUCAUUAAUUUUAAACCCAUUUUUUUCGUAAAUACAUUUAUUAUCCUAUUCUUAGAUAGAUUAUCUAGUUUACUAUGACAAUUGGAUAAUAAAGAAGUGUGUGAAGUGAUGAAACAUUGUGCUGCCAACAAAUUAGGGAAGAAUGAAGUCAGGGACAAGUGCGAAAAAAAAAUUCAUAGAAAAUUCUAUUGGAUUGUUAUUAAUUUUUGACCGAUUUUUUUUUUCAAUAACAUUCUAUUGAAUUCAUUAUUUCUGUACGGUUUAUUUUACUGAGAUAACAUUCAGUAUUUGUCCUAUUUGUUUUUGUACCGUAAAAAAUCGAAUGAGAAAAAAAUAUUGUAUUGAAAGAAAAAACUGUACGAAGUUAGAAAUCGGAUGAAAUUUUCUAUGAAAUUCUCUAGAUUAAACUCUAAAAUUUCUUCGUGCAUGUCUGUUCAUUGUGAAAAUUAUUUCGAUAUUAACCGUGUAUUUAACAUUAAUGAUAUUCAAUCAUCGUCUUUGUCGGACGUUUGGUGAAUACGUUAAAACAGUCGCAAGCCUGCCUCCAAACUAUGUAAAACCCGGACAAGAGUUCCAUGUAUAGGAACAAAGUAUUUAUAAUUACAAAUCGAUAAUCGAUAAUGUCGAGACAUCCACUAGACAGUUUGAGGUACGUGAUGAUGAAGGGAAUAAUACAGAGAUAAAACUUUAUGAAAUGAAUAUUGUAAUUACUCAUCUGAGUCUACUCUGUUAUUGCGAAUUAGCAAAUUGAGUGGGUGAAAAAAAAGUGCGAUAUUAUCAUUUUACUUUCUACCAUGUACAUAGAAAAACACAAUUAUUAUUAACCACGCAUGUACCAUGCCUAACGGACUGAACGAUAAAUGGAGGGGAUUACACCUCCUCUACUACAUUAUGUGCAUGUAUUUUAUAAAUAUAUGAAUACAUUCGUGUUAAUCGACGAAUAUUUACGGCUAAAGUCCCUUAAAAAACUGAGAACGUUUUUAAUAUCAAAGUGUUUUGGAAUCCUUUCCUCGUGGAAAGUUCGUAACAGUCGUCAUGAACAAAAAUAAUAUGAAAAUGCCAGUGUUUGUUAAAAUAAUAUAUUGAUAGUUAUAUUAUUCCUAUAUUAUAGGCGGAUGUUGUAAUGCAUUUUUAGGGUGCGUCGGGAGAACUCGAAUUUCAAUCGAUUUGUGGUUUUUUGAUGAAUGCUCCAGUUGCAGAGGGACAGGUGAGGGAACAAUUCUUUGGGGAAUAGGUUUUGGUGAAUUGUCUUGGAGAUUGUAGUGAAUUGGAAUAUCAAGUCAAUUUCGUAGUGUAUUUUUUAAUACUUGCACAUGGGUUUUUAAUUGACAAAACCGGACUUCAUCGUCAGGUUCAGUUUUGUAAGAUUCACUGUUCUUUACUAAAAAUUUCCAAAUUUUAAGAACUUCUCCAAAAACUUAAAAUUUGCUUACUCCAUCACUGAAUUCAACCAGUGAAAAAUAACUGGCUCACCCAUUCUCGCCCUCACGACUGAUCUCUCAUCAAACCACAAACAAAAUUGACAAAAAAAAUUGAUAAAUUUCGCUGAGCGAAAUAUUUUGUUUUGUUUAUCAUCAUCUGAAAUAUUUGCUUUUUCGUUUAUAUAAAAUGCAAGAUCCACCAAGUGUUCAAUGUGUUUCUGAUUGAAUUUGCGAAAAUGGGGAGAAACAUUAAAAGUGGAGAUACCGUCUUCUUGUGGAUUAGACCAAUAAAAUGAAUGUGUGGCUAACAGUUUGAUUUCCUCACUUGAACAAUAAACUGUAAACGGGAUAACGAAAGAUAAAAAAAAAUACUGUUUUUCAAACAAAGAUUUGGCUGUGUUGUCGGCAUCGUAAACGUUGUUUAUUAAUUUGUACCAUUUUUCUCCAUUUUUUACUUAAACCAGACAAACCUUUAUGAACAUUUUAAUGAAUGAGCGAGUGAAUGGUGUGCGUUAGAGUGACUAUUGAGGGGGGUAAUACACCGAAGAGAGGAAGAAAAUUAACGACGAGAGCAGUACCACAAUUUUCAACGUCGAAAAAAAAUCUAUGAUACUGGAAAUAAAUGUUUUAUUUCUGUGAUCCACGUGGGUCCAAAAAUAUUUCGGGUCUAUAUACCUAUUGAACUCAUACUUCCCUCAGACGUUUGAUAACACAACAUUGAACGUUGACUUCUUCGUUCUAUACAAAGUAGUUUUACUCCAAAAAAAAAUGGAACGAGUCCUUUAUUUAAAACUUUUAUACGUAUAUUUGUAUUUCAUACCUUGUAAAAAAAAAAAGAACGAAUUUUUACGCUUUUACAGUAACAAUUUUACAACACCGCAAAUUCGGUCGUUUUGCGGAAUGAGCAGAGAAAAAGUUUUAAAAAAUGAUAAAUGAAAAAUAUACAAUUUCUGUCGAAAUGGCCCACAGGUGUAAUUCAAUCAAUAAUUGUUAUUAUUUUUCAUCUACUCGCUUUUAUUCCAUUCUCCAUUAAACCCACAAAUUGAUCAUCAAACGCACGGCUUUUGUGCUCUCACAAGGGGAUUAUUCUAUUCACAUGAGCCAUUCAAUUCAUUUCAUCAUUUAUUCAUCCCGAGGCGAUUGUUACCCUCGAUUUCAAAGCAGUGCCUUUUUUAUUGAAAUGAAAAAUCUAACAGCAACAAAACGAGAUAAAUCGUGCCAACCGAAAUCGGAAGAUUGGGUCUUUAUAAAAUACGAGGUGAUUUUUUUUUCAGAUUAUUCCAGUUACUGAGUGAGUGAUAAGACAGAAGAUAACAGCCGGAAGUGACUCGUCUGAAUGAUUUUCAAAAGUGCGAGGUGAAUUGUGGGUGAAUGAGCUGAAUGGACUCCAGAUUUAUGUAUGUGGGACUGACUAAGGGACAUUUUAGACUGAAUGACGUGAGAAUUUAGGAUACGUAACAUACGUUGAGGGGGAACUCACAUAUGAGAAAAAUUUCAUGGAAAAAAUUGCGAAUUCAUAACGCGACUCUAUUGGAGUGGUAGAGAGAUUCAUAAAUUACAAUUAUUGUUGACUAUUGAAAUGGUUAAUUCGUUCAUAUCGCUUUAAAAUUAUUCAAUUAAUCAUAAAUUUAAUGGGUCGACAGUACGUGCUAUCAAUUCUGUGAAUUAUCAUCAGUUAUAUAAAUUUCAAAAGAAGGCCGAUAGAAUUGUCUAGCAGCUUCGUUAAUUUCCCAUUAAAUUUUUUUCAUGUGUGAUUAAUUGGAGGCAUAGGGGAGUUAGAGUGAUUGAGGGUCAGGAUUUUUUUGUUGUUCCCACAGGAUUAUUUUCUUGUCAUGUAGGGGAAUUUGAAGAUGUGGGGCGAGAGGAUGAGAUUGGAAAUUAAUUUUCUGUGGUAUUUUCGAUGGUUUCUGGGACGAAAAAAUCUAGAAAAUCAUGAAAAAAUUUACCUUGUAGAAAAUUUCACGACUUAUGAGGGAAGUAUCUUGUAACUUGUUUCCUAGAUCCAUUAAUUUCAGACAUUUCCACAAUAAUCUAUACAAAUUAACUUCUUGAACUUUUCUCAUUCCUCCCACUACCACUAGACCAUUCUUUACAUCAAAUGAAUUUCUCCCCUCACGCCUCACCCCAAUAGACAUGAGAAAAAUGAAUAGCAAAAACCCAACGCUUUCUCUAAAAGAUUUUUUUGAUUUCCUAAUAGCAUUUGAUCAGAAUUCUAUCAAAAAAUUCUAUUCGUUUUCAUGACUGUACAAUAUUAAAUUAUAAUGUUGUUAAUAUUCGAUUUUUAAAAGUCUCUAUAUGUGUGUUCUUCUGUAGCAACUUUUGACUUUUUUUCCUUUAUUUAUCACACUUCUUUUUAUUGUAAAAGGCCCGAAUACUGCAGAACUUUUAAUUCAAAUAGUGGAAUAGAACAAGUCAUAUAAAACAACAAUCAUCAGACUGUUUUGUAAACAGAUGUCUCUUUAACUCAAGAAGAACUAUAAUACUCAACGGAAUUCGCCCAAAAGCGAAUAGAACUUUUCAAUAGAUUUCCAUUAAAACUUCACUGGAAUUCCCCAGAGAAAAUUCAGGUUUUCCAUGCGAAAAAAUUAUAUAAAAGAAACUUGAUUUUGACUUGAUUUUUCUGUUGCAACUUAUUCCAUUAUGAGAUUUGAAAUCUUUUCUCUAAUAUUUCCUCAGCUCAAAUUUGUCAAACUUUUGGUUUGAUUUUCGACAGGAAUUUCCAAAAUGCUUUCCUUUCCUCUUUUUUAUUAAAAAAACAUCAAUAGAAGUUCAACAAGUUUGUUGAUUAAAUUCGCUAGGUAUUUCACCCAAGAUUAUUCCUGCGUGUGUUCCAUUACCUUUUCUCACUCGUGAACACCUCAUACCCCGCCCUCAAUAAUAUCAUACCCCAUAUAUCACACCUGUAAAUAACGACACAACCCGAUGUUGUCAACCCUAAUGCUAAAAAACCUAAAGACAAAGUGUUCUCGUUAAACUUUCCAAAAGAUUAAUCGGAGUACUAAGGAUGCCAAAAAGUGUUCCGUUUGACUCGUGUACCACUGGCCAAUCAGUGGACAAUCGACAUUACCUAACAUAUGAAGAACCGCAAAUAAUAAUCAAUCUCAUGAGUUAAUUAUUGCAUGAACAAGGAGAAAGGGCCGUCUAAAGUGUUAAAUGCGACGAGGAAAGGGGCGUUCACAUCUGAAUAUUUCAAAUAGCUCUCGUUCCAACAAAAAAAAAACAAUUCAACAACAGACAAACUAAAUUCAUCGAACAAUGCACAACACACACUGAACUGUAAAUACUAUAAUUCCCCAGAUCACAUCCCUUUCCUCCCAAUCAAUGUACAUAUAUGUCCAAUUAACACUAACAAAAAUUCAGCAUAAAAAAAUCUAAUAAACCUAUCACUAUACAUAGACGAUAUAAAUUAACCAAUAGUAUUAUUCCUGUUGUCUGAACUUGCGAAAUAAUUUUUUCGCCGAAUUGUAUACUUAGUACGUGAGAAUGAAAUUUUUCAAGCAUCAUUUGUUCACCUAUUUCUACUCAUUACCCAGAAACUGGGGAAACUGAAUUUUUAUCCCUUCCCACCACUGUAUUUUUUUUUAAUUUUUAUGCGUUGUUAUCUCACUCGCAAUUCUACUAUUACAAAACUCACUUUAAUUUUCUUCCGAUCAAAAUUAUUGAGAGACGUGCACAUACCCAAUUUUAAGAAUUAAAUAGACGAAUAAAUACGAGAAAAUAAUGUGAGUGGGUGCGCGAGAGAGUGACAAUGUUGUGUCAAAUUAUGUCUCCCAAACUUUAUUCAUCGGCAUUUCCACUCCCUCAGGCACCCCUCGGCCCCUAGGUAAUUACGAUAAAUAAACGUUAGAGAAUCAUGUCGCAUUUUAAAAGUAUUCGCUUCUGCAAUUUAUUGUAGCCGUUAAUGACCAAAUUGAGGUGAAAUCUGUUGGAAACAAAAAAUUUAUAUUAAGAAAAUGUAGCUCUUCCUGAAUAAAUUACACCAUGAUGUUGAGAAAUUGCACAAAUACGUGAAUUAAUGGAGUUGAUGGAGGAGAAUAAAAAAAAAUUUUGAUCGUAAUGUGAGAGAAAUGGCAAGGCACUUUGUUCAUUAAAUCAAUGUGGUCGCUGGCUGUGCUGUGUAAUUGUUAAUUGCAAUGUGAUAUAUCGAAGUUGCGAUCUGGACUGUCUCCUUUAAGAGCCAUUGCAUUAAAAAAAUAAUAGAAAGGUAUUUGUGGACUUAAGGGGAAAUUAGUAAUUCAAUAAAACGAUUGAGAUAAUAAUGAAUGGAAAAAUAAACUGAGUGUGAUUGUACGUGUGAAUUCUGUUACCGUUUUCGGAUCGAAAAAUAUCCAUCAUACUGAUAAAUAUACUAUUUAAUAUAUCGUUUAUAUAUAUCUUCAAUAUAUACCUGUAUAUAUUAAAUUCUAUUAGUAAAUGAAAAUGGAAAACAACAUAACGAGUUAUUUAUAUAGGAUAUAAUCACUGAAUUAUGACAUUGGACUCGACAGCGGCAAUGGAAUUCUAUCAAUGAAUUAUAAUAAUUGAUGCAAUCAUUACAUCUAACGCUACAAUAAAUCAUUUAACUUAUUAUUUAUCACUGUAUUCAACUGCAUGAUCAUCAGAAGUUGAAUUGCGACGACGAAUUACAUGCGAAAUUAUGAUUAUUCUCAAAGUCUCAAGUUGCUGGCAACUUUGAUAUGCCAACAAAUUUUUUAUUCUCGUAUAUAAUUUCUGACUAAUAAUGUAUGUUCAAUGAUUUUUAAAUCAGCACGUUUCUCUUUGCAUUGAAAUUCCAUUAAAUAACAAGCAAAUUAUCAUAACUGUAAUUGUUAAUUAAGACGUUGACAGGUGGAAACUAAAUGAAUGGAAAAUGAUAAUUGAAAAAUUGAUGAACCAUUUUUUCCUAGUCCUUAUAAUUCAAAUUCAUCGUCAUAAUUUAUAAUCAAUUUCAAACUAUUAAUUAUAAUAAAAUGAUGUUAAUAAUA